AUGGACCUACGCUCAUAUUCACCGGCUUAUGAGCACAUUGAAGAGGUCCCCGUUGUGUUUAAAGUGGCUUUUCUCGAAGAUGAAAGCCCCUAUCAGGGGUGGCCAGACGACGAGAAGGAUCAGCUCUGGCAAGACAUGUAUAGCAGAGGUAUGGCUAUUCGAAUUGAUGAGAAGUCUGCCAUCAGGCUCAUUAAUCGCACCGAGCACGCCCCGGUAUCCGGCUCGGAGACGGACUACGUGAUUGGUCUCGACGUAUUUCACCAAUUGCAUUGCCUAAACAUGCUUCGGCAAUCUAUCUACCCUCUCCGGUAUAAUUCGUCCAUUGUCCGCCAGGACGGAUCCAUUGACUUUUUGGGGUGGGCACAUCUAGAUCAUUGCAUCGAAGCCCUUCGCGAGUCGCUCACCUGCUCCGUCGACGUCAGCGUGGUCCCCUACCGGUGGCACCCAGACACCAAGAUCGCCGAACCAGACAUUCGAAGCAUGCACAUGUGCCGCAACUUUACAAAGAUACGCGACUGGGCAUUUGAUCGCUUUAUAUCAAUGACGAGCAAGAGAGAGCAUGUCGAGGACGGCGUCGUCGUCGACUAUUCUGACGUCGGGAGUGACCCGGAAGCGGUGCUGACGGAGAAACUGGCCGACCCCCAGGAUUGGAACAAGACUGUAUACGAUUUGUAA